AUGAAUUUCAAAAAUUAUCUUCAAUGGAUCUACAAGAAGAUAUCCAAUUAUAAUCUUUUCAUAUUAGAAGAAAAUGACUAUGACGAUGACAACACCAAAGAUCCAACUGUACUUCUUAAACACCAAAAGUGCAAAACGCGUUUGUAUGUUGUACUUCUUAUGGUUUGUCUCUACCUACUGUUCUAUGUUACUCUUCUCAAUGUGGAAUCUAAAACGAUUCUUAUUUCCGGAGUGACACUGGAGACAUUCAAUGAAUUAUAUUCUGAAUAUAAUCAAACACUUUCAUGUCCGUGUAGAACAAGUACAAUACCAUACAAAAGUUUUGUCUUCAUUAAUGUUACAAUACAUCCGGCCUGUUCGAGUAUUUUUAUCGAUAGCCAAUGGGUGGAUCGAUUAUAUUUGGAAAAUGCAAGUCUUUAUGGUGUAUGGGAUUUUCGAACAACAGCCUAUUAUCAGUUUCAACUUCUGUCAACGCUGUGCUCUCUUGCGAAGGACAAUAUUGAUCAAAUUCAAAAUGAUAUUAACAAUACCGAUUUUGUCAGCAUUGAAGUCAUUUAUGAAACGGAAGUUCAUCGACAAGUUAAGGAUCUGGUUGACUUUCGUAAAAACUAUUUAUCUCAUCAGGCAAUGUCGUUUUUGAAGUACUGGAACACAACAAGUCAAGAACACUGCUUGGUUUCAGCAGUCGGCACCAACUGGAUAACUGAAAUCGUAGACAACUUUGGUCCUAAGUUUGUGAUCAGAGGAAUGUUGGUAGGAACUCCUGCCGAAAAGAACAUUUUGCGAUUCUGCUGCGAAGCCAAUUCAGUCAUUCCAGCUACUAUUGCUCCACCAUCAAAAGUGCGCUUUCCAUCCGAUCGUAGAUCUGUAAUGAUACCGAUGCCAAAUUCUAAACCUAUCAAAGGGUUCUUAGCGGGAUGUACUCCUCUCCAAGCACUUCUCGGAAGCACAUUGGACUGUUUAUGUGAUCAUAAAUGUAUUCAGUUAUUGUUGCAUGCCUUCCCAAAACUAAACCAACUAAAUAUUUCUUGGCCCGAUUCGAUUUUACCAACAAAGAAAGAAAAUAUUUCGAUCAAUAAUUAUUUCAAAGCUCUUUUCGUUACAAAUUGGUCACUAAACGCGGAUUACCCAACAUAUUUCCAUCAGUGUUCGCCAUCUACGUGUACAUACACAGUGAAAGAUCAAAUGAAUUUAUCGUAUGCGAUCACCCUUCUUAUUAGUCUUUAUGGUGGUGUUAUUAUCAUUCUCCGUUUCGUUGCAUCAUGUUCGAUAGGUGCUCUCUGUCUAUUCGCAUCGCUGAGCAGUACAACAACGACAGUAAUUGAACUAAACCCUUCAUUAUCAACUUUUCAAUCAUUAGAUGUCAAAUAUUCGACAGAACUUCAAUGUCCGUGUUCUAAUCAAGCGAUACCUCAUCAAUCAUUCAUUUCCUUCUCUCCCAUUCUUCAUCAAAUCUGCCGUAGUAGUUUCGUUCUUGACGAUUGGAUUACAAUAUUAAAAGCUCUUCUACACAGGGUAGCCAAUACCAGUUGGAGCACUUUAGCAUACAUGCAGUUCGCAAUCUUGUCUCAUCUUUGUCAACUGGCUAAUGAAACAAUAAACGAUGCGAUUGAUCAAUAUCUUUUACAAUUUUUUAUCGCUUCUUCUGCCUUGAACGAGGCUAACUUUUAUCUACAAUUAAAUACGAGUCUUACUCAGUUAUAUCAAUCAACGUUUUACAACUUUGAUCUGCUGAAAGAUGUUGUACAUCUUAUUAUGCAAAUUGAUCAGCUGUAUAUGGGUGAUAUCACGUGGAGAUUAGACUAUCCAAAAUCUGGUCUGAUGUUGCAUACAGUAAUUAACGAAACAAACGGCCACACAUUUCAAGUACAAUUUAUUUUGAAUAGAAUCGAAGAAAUGAGUUCAAGGCGGUUUAUUUGCGUUUGUGCUAUCAAUCCAAACUGUGAAGAUACAGCUCAUAUAUAUGAUCCUACGUCGAGCGCGAACAACAAACAUUUUAUUUACAAUAUAACUGGCUGGAUGCAAGGAUGCUUCACUUUUGAUUCUCUCCUACUUUCGACUCUUCAACUUGUGCAUAUAAACUCGGGUGACUUUCUGAAUUUCAUGAACUAUAUACAACUAGGAGAAACUGCGCUCGGCAAGAUAUUUUCAUCAUUUCGUCUACAACCUUUCUUCUAUGAUCCAAAAACGAGUCGUUAUCCUCCGAACACAUCUAUUUCAACAAUCAUUAAGGAACUAAUGAUCGAACAAUGGAAUCCUUCUCUAUCAUACGAACAGUUCUAUGAAUCGUGUGCACCCAAUUAUUGUUCUUAUCCCGAAAGAACUCGUAAUAAUAAUUUCAUUGGUGUAAUUAUAAUAUUGAUAUCCAUGAUGAGUAUUAUUGUCAUUGUAUUGAAACUCUUAACACCACAUCUUGUUCAAGCCAUUUUCAAAUUACUCGCUAGAUGCAGAAAAACGACAAGACAAACACAACCAGUUCUAGUACAUCGUAGUAUUCUCGAUCGAUUGAAGACGUGGAUAAGCAAUUUAAUUAAACUUCUACGAGCUAUGUUAGUUACACUGAAUAUCUUUCCACUACACGAUCUUGGAAGUCAUAUAGAUCGGGAAACGGCAAAGCGUUACGGACGAUGGGCAACUCGUCUCUAUAUACUUUUACUCAUUGCUAGCCACACUAUUCUGAUAUUUUACACAAUAGUUCAACCACGAACAUCAAGAACAACUUAUCUCAAACCAGAUUUGUUUUAUUAUAAUCAUUUGAGGGAGAUCUAUGGCGAUCAAUUGAAAUGUUCCUGUUCACAAAUAGCAUCGACAUACGAUCGAUUCGUCAAAAUCGAACCGAUAUUCCAUUCGGUUUGUAGAAGUGAUUUCGUCUCUGAAGAAUGGCGUCUGGGUUUAGUGAACGGGCUUGUUUCGAAUUUUACCGUAUUUAAUCGAAGAGAUUAUCGUCGGUUUCUUCCGGCGCAUUUAUACUAUCUCCAAAAAUUAUGUAAUAUAUCUGAACAAUCGGUACAGCAUUCGAUCAAUGAAUUUCUAACCUCAUUAUUGGUCACUGUGGAACUUCUCCCCAAAAAUCAGUUUGAGAGUUAUCUGAAUGCGACUAUUGAGCAGAGUAAAUCCAGUGCUCCUAUUUUAGUCUCUCGUCUUUUGUCUUUUAUUCAAAGUCUCAACCAUGGAAAUGCUUUGAUUUCGACUUACGGAACAAAUUUUGAAUACGUUCUUCCAGCGAAUAAAAUUUACAAUGCAUAUUUACCUACACAAGCUAUUGUGUAUGAUGAUCAAUGUUCGUGUGGAAAGAUUCCUACAUGCACAACUCAAGCAGUUUUCAUUGAAGGAAAUCCACUAAGAAAGUUUUCUGUCCAUGGCAUGAAGAUGGGAUGUACUCCAAGUGAAUCAUUUCUUGCUUCAACUCUUCAAUGCUUUUAUAAUCAAUCAUGCCUUGAUCUCAUACAAACGCAUACAAACUACAACU